AUGUCUGCAUUUACCCCACCUUCCUCUUACGGCCAUGUACCUGGCUUCUCUCAGAUCAAGCUUUCUCACCACCCGCCAACGUCGCAGGAAGUAACUCCUAUUAUCAUUCUCACUCUCUCUCGAGUUGAGAAAAACAAUGCGUUCACGUCGACUAUGGAAAAUGAUAUGGUUCGUGCAUUCGAUAUGCUGGAUCAAGAUGACCGAGUAAAAGUGAUCGUUGUCACUGGUGAGGGGAAGAACUUCUGUGCGGGCGCAGAUUUGGAAAUAGGUCUUGAACGAACAGCUGGAAUUGGUCCUAAGGAUCAUAGAGAUGGUGGAGGAAGAACUGCCCUUGCAAUUCAUCGCUGUAGAAAACCUACUAUAGCUGCGAUUCAAGGGGCGGCAAUCGGUGUCGGCAUUACGAUGACAUUACCAAUGUCAAUUCGUGUUGCAUGGGAAGGGGCGAAGAUUGGCUUCGUGUUCUCUCAGCGCGGGGUAGUUAUGGAAGCUGCUUCAUCUUUCUUCUUGCCUCGACUCAUUGGACACUCACGUGCAAUAUACUUGACGACAACUGGUUCUGUAAUACCAGCAGCAUCUCCUGCUUUCGAAGAUCUCUUUCAUGCCAUUCUUCCUUCUCCAGAAGAAGUUCUGCCCUAUGCUCUUACCAUAGCUGAACAGAUCGCUGCUCAAACUUCGACAGUCAGUACAUAUUUGAUGCGAGAAAUGAUAUGGCGGAAUCCAGGCAGUGCUGAGGGAGCUCAUUUGCUUGAUUCCGAGAUUAUGUGGGAGCUGUAUGGAAAAGAAGACAAGAAGGAGGGCGUGAAGGCAUUCUUGGAGAAGAGGAGUCCAAAAAUGACGGGCGACCUGAAGCAAGGCAUGCCAAGUAAUGUGCCUUGGUGGGAACCCAUUAACACUGUACCGAGGAGUGGAAUUAGGAGUGAUAAGUCAAAGCUAUGA